AUGCUGGGCGGGAUAGGACCAGACGGGGAAGAGAAGAGAGCAAGCGCAACACCGUGGAAGCCAUUACCGCGGAGCUGGACCACUCAGACGGCGGUGCUGAAGGAGGAGCAGAAGCAGGAGAAGGCUUUAAUUCUGCGGGAGCAGCGGGCGCCUCGAUUCCCGCCCGUCCAGCGACGCUGCUCAGUGUUCUCAGCGGUAAGGGAAGAUCGCGCGGGCUUCAAGCGCGGUGACGUCACCAUAUGCAAAUGCGGAAAGCAGCGUGACGUAGUUGUCCGGACUUGUGCCACCCCCCAACCACGCCCUCGCUGCCACCCCCCAACCACGCCCUCGCUGCCACCUCCCAACCACGCCCUCGCUGCCACCCCCCAACCACGCCCUCGCUGCCACCCCCCAACCACGCCCUCGCUGCCACCCCCCAACCACGCCCUCGCUGCCACCCCCCAACCACGCCCUCGCUGCCACCCCCCAACCACGCCCUCGCUGCCACCCCCCAACCACGCCCUCGCUGCCACCCCCCAACCACGACCUCGCUGCCACCCCCCAACCACGCCCUCGCUGCCACCCCCAACCACGCCCUCGCUGCCACCCCCCAACCCCCCCAACCACGCCACCCCCCAACCCCUCGCUGCCACCCCCCAACCACGCUGCCACGCCCCCCCAACCACGCCCUCGCUGCCCUCGCUGCCACCCCCCAACCACGCCCUCGCUGCCACCCCCCAACCACGCCCUCGCUGCCACCCCCCAACCACGCCCUCGCUGCCACCUCCCAACCACGCCCUCGCUGCCACCCCCCAACCACGCCCUCGCUGUCACCCCCCAACCACCCCCGCUGCCACCCCCCAACCACGCCCUCGCUGCCACCCCCCAACCACGCCCUCGCUGCCACCCCCCAACCACGCCCUCGCUGUCACCCCCCAACCACGCCCCCGCUGCCACCCCCCAACCACGCCCCCGCUGCCACCCCCCAACCACGCCCUCGCUGCCACCCCCCAACCACGCCCCCAACCAUGA